AAGUUUAUGAAACUUUUAAAAAAUGGAAAGACGAUAAAAAUAUUUAUUUUGGGCUAUCUAAUAAAAAAACAAAUCAAGUAAUGAGCUGUAUGUCUGAAUCAUAUAACUCCGAAAACAUUUAUAAAAGCAAGAUUUACAAUAUUACUACACAUCAAUUAACCACUGAAGAAAUUUACAAAA